AUGGCGGCGAAGGCCGCUGAGACCCGUCCUCCGCGGCUGCGGGUUGGCAUGAGCAUGGUCGUGCACACCAUGGCGAAGGAGGAAGAUGCCGCCCGGCUUCACGCACGCUACUGCGAGGAAGCGCGGGCUGAAACACUUCGUCUGCGCGAAAGGGCUCGCGAUCUUGAAGUGGAGACCGAGGUGAAGCUGCAGGCAACGGCGCAGAGAGCCCGCGACGAGGCGCACGAGGCUCACUUGCGGCGCCUCUUGGGAGAGGCUCAGCAGACGGAGCUUGGCCUGGAGAUGCGUGCCUUUGAGCAGCGUCAGGCGCUGCAGUUCUCGCCUCAGAGUGCUGAGGAGGUCAGCACCGUUCUCCCAAUCUCGCUGUUCUCGAACGAGCGAGUGAUCUUUGCAAACACACAUUUCUCACUGCGUUCCAGCACGGACAUCACAUCCUUCGCGCUUGCUCCGAACAAGCCGCGGGUUCGCCGCGUAGAAGUCGUUACGCCCAGCGCACCCGGAAUCAUGGCAGCGGCUCAAAACAAUUUCUUCCUUUGGGGCACAUGGAAGAACAGGGUGAUCUCGAAGCCCUUCCUCACCAAGAAGGUGGCGCAGCAGCUCAAGAAAGUCGUCCUGGGAGAGAGCUUCGUCAUCGGCCUCACCGAGAAUGGCAAGGUUGUCUCCUGGGGCAAGGAUCUGAAGAGCGGAUGUUUGGGCUUGGGUUUCUCAGAGGACACCGGUGCCCCGGUGAUGAACCAAGACGUGCCUCAAGAGAUUUCCUCGCUCAAGGAGGUUAUGGACGUCCAGAUGGGCACGGAGCAUGUUGUGGCACUGACUACAGGGGGCGAGGUCUUCUGCUGGGGCAACGGGCAGAAGGGCCAGCUUGGCAACGGCAACCAAAACACAUCAUACAUCCCUUGCAAGGUAGAUGCCCUGGCCAACGAACAGAUCGUGCAAAUCGUGGUGGUGAAGAACUCCACCUUCGCACUGUCCACCAAUGGCACAGUCUUUGGCUGGGGUGAGAACAAGGACAACAUCCUUGGUUUCGAGGACGAGACUGCGAAAAAGCAGAUCGCGGAAUGGCCCUUGAAGCUGACUCUGCUACAAGAGAAUCGGGUACGAAAGCUCGAGGUUUUCGAUGGCAAGACCAUCAUCGCCCACAUUCGCGGCCAGGACAGCGAGACAACGUUUGGCCGCUUUGAGACGAUGCAAGAAGACGGUGGUCAGGAGGAAGAAGAGGAGAUCGAGAUCUUCAAGGGCAUUGAUGAAAUGCGGAAGAUCAUGGAAAAGACUCAGGAGUGGUGGAAUCACUUGCUUAACAUCAAGCAUGGUCAGCCCUACGACCUCCCGCAGGAUUCUCACAUCAAUGUGAAUAACGACAAGCAUCCUGACAAGCCGGGGGCGACCAUCCACGAUGAUCUCGAGGUUGAGCCUGAGCGUCUCCACCGCGCAGAAAGGCAUUUAGAUGCCUUAGUCACGGCGGCGGUGACGGAACUCAAACGGACGCAGCAGAUGCCAGGGACGAGGAAUGUACGCUUCAUCCUUUGCAUGUUCAUUGACGAAUGCCGCCUGAGAAGAGAGAAGGUGCAGCGCACGAUUGCAGCGCGCCAGCUGAAGGACGCCAAAGCGAAAUCCAAAGAGAUUGUGGCGUAUUCCGUGAAGGACUUCAGUUCCAAUGCGAACGAAAGCAUAAGAAAAAUCAUCGCCGUGACAAAGGACCUUCAGCAGAUGCUGGACGCGGUGAAGACAAUUCAGCCGGUGGAUGUGCCGAGUCAAGAGCUGAAGGCGACACUCGUGGAAUGCCUAGAGUGCAAGCUGCAGCUCCACGACAACCAGGUUGAGCUCCUGAAGGCCACAGAGGGAAAGCUUUCUGAUCCGAUGUUGCCCGCGCUCAGAAUCAUCAAGGAUCGCUGGGAUUCGCUGAAGCACUUUUCGCUCUACGCGCUCUACUUGGAGUGCGAGCAAAGGCAGCUUGACUUCGGUAACAGCGAUGACGAGCACUUAGCCUAUCUGGUUCGUGCCUCGAACGCUCAGAUAGAUCAAAUAUUGCAGAUCGACAAGGACCGGAUCAUCUCCCACGACUCCAUGGUGCCUGGGCUCUGUCGCGCUCCUGAGAAGACAAACCUCUUGAAAAGGCAGUCCAUGGAGAAAGAGUUCGGAAAAGUGGCACACUGCAAGAAGCCACCCACAACAGGCGAUCCGGAAACGGAUGUUGCCUUCGUCCAGUUUCAAAGCCAAGAGGACGCAGACAAGGCAGUGGAGGCUCUGCGACAGGGCCUCACAUUGAGCACCACUUGGCAAGGGAUCACGCUGAAGAUCACAGGCGAUUGGAAGCCUGGAGAGGGAGGCAGAGGCGGAAGCAAGCCAGGCUCCAGCUUCGUCAAGUGGCAGCCCGAGACUGUGGAUGACUCUCGCAGCUUUCUCAGCAACAACCGUUCCGCUCGAAGUCGCAGUGGUCGCAGGGACGACAGGCGAAGUGACAGACGGGAAGAGAGAAGGGACGAGCGACGCGAAGACCGGCGGGGCGACCGCCGAGACGACCGAAGGGACGACCGAGGCUACCGCGAUGACCGACGGUACGAACGAGAUCGCCGGGAUGACCGAGAUCGCCGAGACGAUCGCGAUCGUCGAGACGACCGUGAUCGAAGAGAUGAUCGUGACCGCAGGGACGAUCGCGAUAGACGAGAUGACCGUGACUACCGGGAUGAUCGUGAUCGCCGAGAUGAUCGUAGCUAUGGCCGGCAGGAUGACCGCAGGGAUGACAGAAGAUACGAUGAUCGUGAUAGGCACGAUCGAAGGGAUUCCCGAAGACGAACUAGUAGCCGUUCCAGAGACGAUCGACGUGAUGAUCGAAGGUAUGGCGAUCGCAGAGAUGAUCGUGACGAUCGCCGUGCCAACGACCAGGACGACCUGCGUGAGGACCGCAGAGAUGGCGGGCGACAUGAUCGUGACAACGAACGUCAGGAUCGGACUGCGCGCCGAGACUAG